AUGAAGGGUUUGACCAAGGACCUUAAUCGCUACAGGACGCUAUAUCUGCAGAAGAAGAAUGCUGCCUCGGGGAAGAAGAACAAAGACAAAGACAAAUAUGUCAAUGUUUCUUAUACCCAAGAGUUUGGCAUAUUAUCAGCCACACUAGGGGAUGAACAAAGAAGGAAAAGAUUUAAUGUGGAAGAUUUAACAGAGAAAAAGAAGGAGAAUGGUGAAGAAAAGAACGAGGAAGAUUUUGAGGUGAACACUGAGAUUUUCAGAAAGAAGAAGACGAGAAAAAUGGAGGGCAAGAGAAAUGGAAAUGAUAUAGAGAGCGAGGGAAUCGUUUGCGAUGAAGAGGAGGAAUUUCGUAGGAGUAAAUCGUCGUUUUUAGAUGAAGGAAACGUGAGCCAGCCACUUUUGAUCAAGGAUAGAAGGAAUAAUAGCUCUCAAAUUGCUAUAGUUGGGGCUAAUUUAUGCCCAAUUGAAAGCCUCGAUUAUGAGAUAAUCGAGAAUGAACUCUUCAAAGAGGAUUGGAGAUCAAGAGAACAAAUUCAAAUACUCCAAUACAUUUUCUUAAAGUGGACACUGGCCCUUCUUAUAGGAAUAGUCACAGGACUUGUGGGAUUUUUCAACAACUUAGGGGUGGAAAACAUAGCCGGUUUUAAGUUUCUUAUAACUAGCAAUCUUAUGAUUGAGACUAAGUAUUUUCAGGCAUUUGUAACUUUUGUAGGUUGCAAUCUGAUGUUGGCAAUUGCUGCUGCUUUACUUUGUGCUUAUGUUGCUCCUGCUGCUGCUGGAUCUGGAAUACCAGAAGUUAAAGCUUAUCUUAAUGGAGUUGAUUCUCAUUCUAUGUUGGCUCCAAGUACAUUAUUUGUAAAGAUUAUCGGUUCGAUUCUUGGAGUUUCAGCCGGAUUUGUUGUAGGCAAGGAAGGACCAAUGGUGCACACGGGAGCUUGUGUAGCCUCAUUGAUCGGUCAAGGAGGUUCUAAAAAAUACGGUUUGACAUGGAAAUGGCUUCGAUACUUCAAAAACGAUAGAGACCGAAGGGAUCUUAUAACAUGCGGUGCUGCAGCCGGAGUGGCGGCUGCUUUUCGUGCACCGGUUGGUGGAGUUCUUUUUGCACUUGAAGAAGUAUCUUCAUGGUGGCGAAGUGCUCUUCUUUGGAGAACAUUUUUCACCACUGCCGUUGUAUUGGUUGUGUUGAGAAUUUGUAUUGAGGUUUGUCGGAGUGGAAAAUGCGGUUUGUUUGGACAAGGCGGACUCAUUAUGUUUGAUGUGAAUUCCGCGGAGCCAACUUAUACUGCCGCGGAUCUCUUAGCGGUUAUAUUACUUGGAAUCAUUGGGGGAGUUCUUGGAAGUCUUUAUAAUUUCUUCGUUGGCAAGGUCCUUCGCACUUAUAAUGCGCUUAAUGAGAAGGGUCCUGGUUUUAAGAUCCUACUUGUUGCCAUCAUCUCCUUAUUGUCAUCAUGUUGUUUUUUUGGACUCUCAUGGUUUGCAUCUUGCACUCCAUACCCACCCGGGUACGAAGAAUCGCGAUUUCCCACUUCCGGUCAUUCCGGAAGCUACAAGAAAUUCCAAUGCCCGCCCGGGCAAUACAACGAGCUUGCCUCCCUAUUCUUCAACACAAACGAUGAUGUUAUUCGAAACUUAUUUAGCUCGGGCACUCAUGAACAACAAUUCCAUUUCUCGAACGUUUUGAUUUGCUUUGUUCUCGUGUAUUUCCUUGGCAUUAUCACAUAUGGUAUCGCCAUUCCAUCGGGGUUGUUCAUCCCGGUUAUACUUGCUGGAGCAUCUUAUGGCCGAGUUAUUGGGACCCUUUUCAGUUCUAUAUCUGAUCUAGAUGUGGGCCUAUUCUCAAUUCUAGGAGCUGCAGCGUUCCUUGGUGGAACUAUGAGAACUACGGUCUCUUUAUGUGUCAUUCUUUUGGAACUUACUAAUGAUUUGUUGAUACUCCCCAUGGUGAUGUUGGUUCUACUUAUAUCGAAAACCGUGGCUGAUAAUUUCAACAGAGGUGUGUAUGAUGAAAUGGUGAGUAUGAAGGGUUUACCUUAUUUGGAAGCCCAUCCAGAGCCUUAUAUGAGACAACUAGUUGCGGGGGAUGUUAUAACGGGUCCUUUGAUAACGUUUUUUGGUAUUGAGAAAGUUGGCAACAUAAUUCAUACAUUGAAACUAACUACACAUAACGGGUUCCCUGUGAUCGACGAGCCUCCUUUUUCGAAUGUACCCGAGUUGUGUGGCGUGGUUUUGAGAUCUCACUUGCUUGUUUUGCUUAGAGGUAAGAAUUUUACGAGACAACGUGUGUUGAGUGGUUCGGAUAUUCUUAGGAGGUUUAACGCGUCUGAUUUCGCGAAACCGGGCUCUGGGAAGGGGCUCAAACUCGAGGAUUUGGAUAUUGGAGAGGAUGAGUUGGAGAUGUAUGUCGAUCUCCAUCCCAUCACAAAUGUAACCCCUUAUACCGUGGCGGAGACAAUGUCACUUGCGAAAACUGCUGUCUUGUUUCGUGAGCUUGGACUUAGGCACUUGUGUGUGGUGCCAAAAACACCAACGAGGACUCCAAUUGUUGGGAUAUUAACUAGGCACGAUUUAAUGGAGGCCCAUAUAUUUGGGCUUUAUCCCAAUCUCCGUCCAGAAAUUUAG